UCCCGCUCUGUUCUUCCUUCCACGUCUGUCUCGAGAGUGAGUGAAGCUCACUGCGCCAACUUUUUGCGACAUCGACUUCUUCAGCCCCAGACUACUAACAUUUAUGGGACUUAUAAUAUUUAUUUUUAACCCUGACUUGACUUAAUGUCCGCAUUUAAUAAGUUGCUAUUUUGACAUCGCAGUUCUUAGGCUACCAAAUUUCGUCAAAAAUAACUACAGUGUGUUGUGGGAUGUCUUAUUUCAUGUUUAGAUGGUCACAAAUCCACUGCCAAUUUAAAAAACAUAUUUUAAGGACGCUAUUCUAAACGCAUUAUGGUUAAGCGAUAUAAUGUAAAGAUUGCUUAUAUGCAGAAAACAUGUAGGCAGUUGAUUUUGACAAUUAUAUCACUUGAAGCUAUGAUUACGGGUUCUUGGAGAGUCUUGGACCACCACGGAAUCAAUGUGUUGUCCGCUGAAAGAACGAGCUGUUGGAAUCUCUCCUAAACGUUGAUACGUCUUGGGAGUGAUGCACUGGCUUCCCUUGGUUGCCAUGGUGAUCACCUCGGCCCUGCCCUCCCCUCGCAGUCCUGCCCCAAGGCCCAUUGCCGCAGCGACAGAGCCUGGCAGAAGCCUUGACAACCACAAAAAUUACAACAGUGAAUACCACAGUCUUUCUGAUGCAAGUAUGAGUUCGAGAACUGACAUGACAAAUAGCAAGCAGGAUCACGUGGGCGUGUCCUCUCUGCACAGCACUGACCAAAGUAGUGAAGGCCUGAAAAACUCUAAUCAUCUAGAAAAUGCUUCACAGAAGGAUUUUACUGUGACUACUGCUGCCAAUCAAACAGACAAGACAUCCCUGAGUGAUACAGGAGACUCUCAGUUGCACAAUAACCACAACCAGGUGGACUACAGUUUACCUUCUUUAAUUAAUCAAGUGGACUACAAUUACCAGGACAAAACAAAGCAGGAGAAAUACUUACUUCAAAGCAAAAGUAAAAAAGAUCCCCGGAUUGAUACUGCUACACAAAGGGACAAUACAGAUCAAGAUACUGACAAUGACAUUGUAGGGGGAAACUUGAGAAGCUUUCACACUGAAAACUACAGGUUACAGGACGGACAAAGGCAAGGGAACUACAUUUCUCCAAAUAACCGCAAAGCAGAGGAAUACAAAUCUCAGGAUAUCACUGCUCAUGAAGACAACCACUUACCUGCCACCAUUCAAAAGGAAAAUUAUUUUCCCCAAAAAACAAAGCUCGAAGAACACUAUAAAAUGGCAGACAUUUCAAUUCAAGAGCACUACAGUCCGUAUGAAUAUGCUAUCUCCAAGGAUGGCACCAUUGCAACGGGCAAUUAUGACAAGCCAGAAAAGCUGUCGGUGGCGGACAGUACUGGUAACUGGGGGGGUGAAUUGAAUGAAGUACAAGGGGCAUCAGAGACAGAUAUGAUUGGAGGGAAGUUGCUGGGAGAGGCAGAUCUGUUGUUUUUGGACACACACCCAAGAGUACUGUUCUCACCCUCUCCCUCCCCCCCAAACCAUCCCCCUCUCUUACUCAUGCUGGAGGGCGGGUUUACCGAGGACGAAAGGGUGGGGGAGGACGAGGAAGAGAGGAAUGAAGGAAGCGAUACGUACAUAGAGGGACCAGGAGAUGGGAAGAGACAGGUCGAAUCCAAGCGAUUUGACAGAGAGGCAGACGCCCGCUCGGAGUCUGGAGCUGAGACAGAACAGGCCUCUCACCCUAAAGCCAGGCCCAAACGUGCCCAGGCCUCCUAUGUCGGGCUGAGGGAGAUGUCGGUGUGCGACGCGCAUAACGUGUGGGUAACGGACAAGAAAACCGCCGUCGAUCUCUAUGGGCGUACCGUCACCGUGCUGUCUGAGAUUCAGACCCUGUCAGGUCCUCUCAAACAGUACUUUUUUGAGACGCGGUGCAGGACAGCCGACCCCCGCGGGUCAGGUAAGAGCAAAGCGGAGGUGGCCCCGGGGAGUUCAGGGCCCAUGGGAGUCUCUGGAGGGAGUUGCCGGGGAGUGGACAAGAAGCAGUGGGUCAGCAUGUGCAAGCCAAAGCAGUCCUACGUCAGGGCUCUGACUGCGGAUGUCGACAAGAAGAUAGGGUGGAGGUGGAUCAGGAUCGACUCGUCCUGCGUAUGCGUGCUGCUCUCCAGAGCCACCAGGAACUAGUUAGGGAAUUUGGGGACGGGGUGGGGAAAAAGGGAACGGGAUCAGAAGUUACAGGAUGCACUGCAAGGGAGUGUCUCAAGUGUUGUUUGGAAUCUGCUGCUGCUAACAUUCCCAAGGGAUGUCAUACUUCUCUCUGUCAACUCAACUGUGCUGAAGAUGGUCACUGUACUGUUAAAAAACUGUUACAUCAAAAAAAAAAAAAACCCUACAUAAUCUAGAAAUCCAUAUGAUUAUUGUGCCUUCAUAAAGUGAGUAAAUAUGUUCUCUGGAAGUUCUCUAAGUAAAGAAACUCUACUGCUCCCUCUAUUCAUCCAGUGAACCUCGACUUUAGCCUUCUUCCCAUCCCAAACCUGACUAAAUAUCUUAAACACAGGUGGUGUUUAUGCCUGUAGGCAAUCUAUCUGUGAGAAAUGAUUUGAGUGGAUCAUUCAGAAUAGGUUUGGCACACCAUGUAGAAGUGAAGCUAUGCUGAAGCUGCCUCUGUUUAAAGCAUAAUGAAAGAGCUGAGGAGAGGGCAGGAGGCCUGGGUGUUUCCAAUGUAAACUUUGAUUCAAGCUCCAUCUGGUCAAUUUUCCGAUUUUCCGUUGAACCUUGGACCUGCCUUCUGCCUUCUGCCCUUCUGCAUUCAUUCUCCCCCUCCACCUUCAUGUCAUAUGACCAACAUCCAUCUCAUCUGGCCUCAUCUGCCAUGGCUAUGUAACAUGGGAAAAUCUCAAAUCAAAGGGAAAUAUGUUGAUGUACGUUUUUUAUUCUUCUGAUGACUUUUUUAUAUUUUAUGGAUGAUGUAAAUUAUUUGUAUUGUUUAGUUUACAUGUAAUCCGCUACAAAUAUGUUUGAUAUUAAUAUAUUUCUUGAUGUAUGUACUACAUGCGUGCACUGUAUGUAUGUGUGUGUAUUUGUAUGUACGUGUGUAUGUAUGUAUAUUACACAUACAGAUUA